ACGAUGAAAAUGAGGCCACUUAGGACAAUUGCCUCGAUCCUCUUGCUAUUAUUAUUCUUGUGCUUUCAGGUUCAAGAAAACUUAGCGGAUGUCGGGACUGCCAGGUCUUAUGAUCCUCCAUACUUGCCAACGAAAUGCAAUGGUUACAACGAAGAUCAAUUCCCUGAGGGAGGAUAUUUUGCAGCGGCCAGCGACGGGCUAUGGGACAACGGAGCCGCUUGUGGUCGCAAAUACAGGAUGAGAUGCAUCAGCGGCCCAAAUCGAGCAUGUAAAGGUGGAUCCAUUGUAGUGCAGGUGGUGGAUUUUUGUCGUGAUAAUCCAUGCUUAGCUACAUUAAUGCUUUCCAACAAAGCCUUUGAUGCCAUCUCCAGAAUCUCCACUGCCAAAAUCAAUAUCGAAUUUAUACAGAUUUGAUUUUGAUGCCAAGGUUCCCUGUGGAUCGUCGCCUAAAGAGGGCCUCAGUUGUCAAAUGAUUGCCUUGUAUAUAUAGCUUAAUGAAAUAAGACGAAAUAGAGUAAAAUUAUUACAACAAAGUAUGUACUUUCAGGCAUCAAACAAUUCUAAUUGUACCACACAAAUUGCUUAGGUGGGGAAAAAAAAAAAAAAAAAAAAAAA